AACGAGCGAGACCCCACGGUAACACGGUGGGGUCGCCCAUACCGUAUUGAAUCAUAUAUGGCUGGUCGCGGCAGUACCGUUUAAAAAAUUUGUCCACUUUAUUGGGUCACACCAAACAGAGCGCAGAAAAUAAAAUAGGUGAAAUGAAUAUCGAUUUCAAUUCCGCCACUGAAUUUCGAAACCAAAAAACCAUUCCAACGAAGAAGAUGAACCUCGAAGAAGAGGGUUAGUUACUUCUGAGUGAGUGAGUGAGUUAGUGGUUCCUCUGAGGAACGGUGAGGACCUUCAAUUUCUCAAGUUCUCAACCGUUCGUUUUCUCUUUCGUUCCCCUAACCGCCGUGGAUGGGACAAUCUGUUUCCUCCGCCGCCGUCGCUAGCCGUCGCGAGAGGGACCAAGGCCACCGCUCCGUCAACUCUUCCAAGACCAGAUUCACCGCCUCGGUUUCGCCGAUGGCCGGUUAUUCCUCCGGCGCCGCCGAAGAAGGCGAAAACCAUCGCGUGGAGGCCGUUGCCGAUGAAUCCACCGACUACAUCUCCGAUCUCCCGAACGAGUGCCUGGCUUCGGUGUUUCAGUUUCUCAGCUCCGCCGAUCGGAGCCGCUGUUCGCUCGUUUGCCGGCGGUGGCUCCAGAUCGAAGGACAGAGCCGCCACAGGCUUUCUCUGAACGCCGAACUGGAUCUGUUUCCGGCGAUUCCGUCGCUGUUCUCUCGGUUCGAUUCGGUGACGAAGCUCGCGCUGAAGUGCGACCGCAGAUCCGUGAGCAUACGCGACGACGCGCUCGUGCUGAUCUCGCAGCGGUGCCCUAACCUCACGCGCCUGAAGCUUCGCGCGUGUCGCGAGCUCACCGACGCAGGAAUGGAAGCGUUCGCGAAGAACUGCAAGGGAUUGAAGAAGCUCUCGUGUGGAUCGUGCACGUUUGGAUCCAAAGGCAUGAACGCGGUGCUCGACAACUGCGCCGCGCUGGAGGAGCUCUCCGUGAAGCGCCUCCGUGGAAUCGCUGACACUGCAGCGGCGGAGCCGAUCGGUCCCGGCGUGGCUGCGGCGUCGCUCAAAACUGUUUGCCUGAAGGAGCUAUACAACGGACAGUGUUUCGGAACGCUGAUUCUCGGCGCGAAGAAUCUGAAAACCUUGAAGCUUUUCCGGUGCUCCGGCGAUUGGGACCGGCUCUUUCAAUUAUUGGUGGAUCGAGUCACGAAAAUUGUUGAGGUUCACCUCGAAAGGCUUCAGAUUAGCGACGUUGGAUUGCAAGCGAUAGCGAAUUAUUCGAGUUUGGAGAUUUUGCAUCUUGUUAAGACACCUGAAUGUUCUGAUAUUGGACUUGUUGCUAUUGCAGACAGGUGCAAGCUUUUGAGGAAGCUUCAUAUUGAUGGAUGGAAGGCGAAUCGAAUUGGGGACGAAGGUUUGAUAGCUGUUGCAAAAGGUUGCCCUAAUUUGCUUGAAUUAGUGCUAAUUGGGGUUAACCCUACUAAGGCGAGUUUGGAAAUGUUGGCGUCUAAUUGCCAGAAUCUCGAGCGGUUGGCUUUGUGUGGAAGUGAUUCGGUUGGUGAUCCUGAGAUAUCUUGCAUUGCUGCAAAGUGUGUGGCUUUGAAGAAACUGUGUAUUAAGAGUUGUCCCGUUUCCGAUCAAGGGAUGGAGGCAUUGGGGAAUGGGUGUCCGAAUUUGGUGAAAGUGAAGGUUAAGAAGUGUAAAGGGGUUACCCCUGAGGGUGGUGAUUGGUUGAGGAGGACUAGAGGGUCAGUUGCUGUUAAUUUAGAUACUGGUGAGGCAGAGCUUCAGGAAGCCAGUGCUAGUGAUGGAGGGGCACAGGACAAUGGUGUAGAGUUCCCUCAAAUGCCUGCCCAAAUCGCUGCUGCAUCGAGCAGCACUCGGUCUAGUUCGUCGAGGUUUGCGCUUAUGUCUGCGAGGAUUUCAGCGGCUGCAUUGAGGAGCACUCGGUCUGGUUCGUCGAGGUUAGGGCUUUUGCCUACGAGGAUUUCAGCGGCUAGCACUUUUAGGAGAUGGUCUGGUGGUAGCACUAGUGCACGCCAUGGUUAGGGACAGGGCCAAAGCAAAACCUGAGUCUUUGACCAUUUUUCAUUGUUUUUGGUUGUCGUAUCAUUUGAUUUUUAUAUUUCUUGUACUUAAAUUUGAAAUUUAUGCCGUGUGAUGUUUAUUGCCUUUGGAAUUGAAGCUUCACGGUUGCAAUUGACAAUCGCAUUUUUUUCCUUUCUCUUUACAAUUGUAGAUGGUGCUCUUGCUCUA